GUGAAGCUGGGAGGAGAAGGCGGCGGAAGGUGGGGAUUGAUGCUUCUGUUUUUUGUUGCCGCUGCUGCCCUCGCGCUGGGAGCCGAGCCGGAGGGAAGGCGGUGGAGAGAUGAUUGCAGAGUUGGUGAGCAGCGCUCUGGGGCUCGCCUUGUAUCUCAACACCCUGAGUGCAGAUUUCUGCUACGAUGACAGCCGUGCUAUCAAGACAAAUCAAGACCUCCUCCGAGAAACUCCAUGGACACACAUUUUCUACAAUGAUUUUUGGGGGACUCUUCUAACACACAGUGGCAGCCACAAGUCCUACCGGCCACUCUGCACUCUUUCCUUUCGCCUGAACCACGCCAUCGGAGGCUUGAAUCCCUGGAGCUACCAUCUCGUCAAUGUCCUGUUGCAUGCAGCUGUCACCGGUCUCUUCACGAGCUUCUCCAAGAUUCUCCUUGGUGAUGGAUAUUGGACCUUUAUGGCUGGCUUGAUGUUUGCUUCCCACCCCAUCCACACAGAGGCAGUGGCAGGAAUCGUGGGCCGGGCUGAUGUAGGGGCCAGUCUGUUCUUUCUCCUCUCCUUGCUGUGCUACAUUAAACACUGUUCUACACGAGGCUGUUCAGCCUGGACCUGGGGCUGGUUCCUGGGGACCGGACUGUGUGCGGGAUGCAGCAUGUUGUGGAAGGAACAAGGAGUGACUGUUCUCGCCGUUUCAGCGGUUUAUGAUAUCUUUGUCUUUCACAGGCUGAAAAUGAAGCAGAUCUUACCUACCAUUUACAAAGCUCUCACUAUCACUUCAGGCUGGCCUCAGACUCACAGCAGUCCUCCUGUCUCAGCUUCCCAAGUGCUAGGAUUACAGAGGAAGAACUUGUCUCUUUUUCUCAGCAUUAGUUUGUUAACUUUCUGGGGAACCUCCCUUUUGGGUGCUCGGUUAUACUGGAUGGGCAACAAACCACCCAGCUUUUCCAACUCUGACAACCCCGCUGCAGAUUCAGACAGCCUCCUGGCUCGCACGCUGACCUUCUUCUAUUUGCCAACCAAGAACCUCUGGUUGCUGCUCUGCCCAGAUACCCUCAGUUUUGAUUGGUCCAUGGAUGCCGUGCCUCUGCUGAAAACAAUCUGUGAUUGGAGAAACCUACACACUGUGGCCUUCUAUACUGGACUGCUCCUCCUUGCCUACUACGGUUUGAAGAGCCCAAGCAUAGAAAGAGAAUGCAAUGGGAAAGCUGUCACAAAUGGCAAGCAGAAUGCAAAUGGACAUAGCUGCCAUUCAGAUGUGGAGUUCCGGAACUCAGACGUUAAGCCCAGCUUUGCCCCUAAAGUAGAAAAUGGCAUUAAAAAGAAUGUAUCGCAGACAACACAGCUCCCUUCUACAGAGAACAUUGUUGUUCUCUCUUUAUCUUUGUUGAUAAUACCCUUUAUUCCUGCUACGAACUUGUUUUUCUAUGUUGGCUUUGUAAUUGCAGAGCGAGUAUUAUAUAUUCCUAGUAUGGGCUUCUGCCUCCUGAUUACAGUGGGUGCCAGAGCCCUGUAUGUCAAAGUCCAAAAACGGUUUCUCAAGAGCUUGAUUUUUUAUGCUACGGCUACAUUAAUUGUUUUCUAUGGACUCAAGACUGCGAUCAGGAAUGGAGAUUGGCAGAAUGAGGAAAUGCUGUACAGGUCAGGGAUAAAAGUGAACCCAGCUAAAGCAUGGGGUAACCUCGGAAAUGUUCUGAAGAGUCAGAGCAAAAUUUCUGAAGCUGAAAGCGCCUAUAGAAAUGCUUUGUACUACCGCAGCAACAUGGCUGACAUGCUUUACAAUUUAGGGCUGCUUCUCCAGGAGAACAGCAGGUUCACGGAGGCCCUCCAUUAUUAUAAACUGGCUAUUGGAAGCAGGCCUACCCUGGCUUCUGCAUAUUUAAAUACCGGAAUUAUUCUAAUGAACCAAGGAAAGACAGAAGAAGCCCGGCGGACGUUCCUAAAGUGUUCCGAGAUUCCAGAUGAAAACCUAAAGGACCCGCAUGCACACAAGAGUUCUGUCACCAGCUGCCUGUACAAUCUGGGGAAACUCUAUCAUGAGCAGGGGCACUAUGAGGAAGCCCUGACUGUGUAUAAGGAAGCAAUUCAGAAAAUGCCCAGACAAUUUGCCCCACAGAGCUUAUACAACAUGAUGGGUGAAGCCUACAUGCGACUGAGCAAGCUCCCUGAAGCAGAGCAUUGGUACAUGGAGUCCCUGAGAUCCAAGACGGACCACAUCCCUGCCCAUCUCACCUAUGGGAAACUGCUGGCUCUCACAGGCCGUAAGAGCGAGGCUGAAAAGUUCUUCUUGAAGGCCAUUGAGUUGGAUCCCACCAAAGGAAACUGUUACAUGCAUUAUGGUCAGUUUCUUCUGGAAGAAGCUCGCCUCUUAGAAGCAGCUGAGAUGGCAAAAAAAGCAGCUGAGCUGGACAGCACAGAGUUUGAUGUUGUCUUCAAUGCUGCCCACAUGCUCAGACAGGCCAGCCUCAAUGAAGCAGCGGAAAAAUAUUACGACCUGGCAGCCAGGCUAAGGCCUAAUUAUCCAGCUGCUCUGAUGAACCUGGGAGCCAUCCUGCAUCUCAAUGGCCGCCUGCAGAAAGCCGAGGCCAACUACCUGCGGGCCCUGCAGCUCAAACCAGAUGAUGUCAUCACGCAGUCUAAUCUCCGCAAACUGUGGAACAUCAUGGAAAAGCAAGGCUUAAAGACUUCCAAGACUUGACACAGGAGGGUGGAAUCCUCAUCCUCCUCCAUUUAAUAAAGCUGGCUUCAUUAACAGACAAAACUUUCCAACAGUGCUGAGUUUAUUUUUGAUUUCAAGACCCAGACAGAGCCAGUGAGGUCACUGAGUCCACUUUGCUGUUGGCACAGCCAUUAACACCAAAAAGGGGAACAUUGGAAACCUCCAGGAGGAUGUUCUAUUACCCACAGACUGCAAACCAGAGCACUUAAAUGGGGUCUUUUGGCGUUCUUAAAAGGGAGGGGCGUAUCUCAAUUACAGACAUUUGUUUGAAAGCUAACCUUGAAACUAUAAUAUUCCUUAAACACUGUGAGAGGAAGUCAGAGUGUCCAUUCGGCCACAGUGAGCUAUUGAGGCUAAGUGUCACUAGGGAGAAAUGAAAACAACGUGAAACCCAGUGAGCCGCUGGUUGUCCUGAUGCUGCUGUCUUCCCUCUUAGGGACAGCCUGCUUAUCAUUUUCUUGAGCUUAGGAAACUUCUGCUUGUUUGUUUGUUUGUUUUCUAUCGUGCCAGCAUCUAGCAGUUUCUCAGCUGGUAUACAUAAUGUGUUAUGAUUUGAGUAUCACUAGCUUCACAUUUUCAUACUUUACUUGCUUUUCUUGUUCUGAAAAAAAAAUAUAGAGAAAGGAGCAAACUCGCUCCACACUGGUGUUGGGAAAAGGGCUGCAGAGGGCUUAUAUGCAGGUCACAGGCAUCUUUCUUUAUAGUAUUGUCAGUAUUUACCCCCAAACUGCCUGGUAAAAUUCACUGUAUUAAUUCUUUGGGAAUUAACCUUUAAGAUGGCUCUUCUUGGUCAAUCUGUACAGGUAGUGCUCCAGUUCUGAUAAUUAAUCAGUCAUAUUUAGGAAAGGAAUAUUGUGAUUCCCAGAUUUUGCUGGUUAAAAAAAUCAAGACUAAGGAAAGGAAUAUAUAAUCAUGAUUGUCUCUGAUUUUGUGUUUUGCAAAGAGUUGGUAUAAAAUCUUAACCAAAUUCUAGUAGGCACCUGAACAACAGUGCAAAUAAAUUUUCAAAAAAUUAUUUUUAUCUCAUUUUGCUCUUCAUGAAAGAUGUCAAAAAUGACUUAUUUUUUCUUCAUGAAAGAUGUCAAAAAUGACUUAUUUUAACCUGCAAUAGAUAAGAUUAGCCUGUGUGUGACUAAGUCUUCUACCAAUUGCUUUUCUUAGUUGAAAAACUGCUUUUCACUAGUAACUUGGAUAUUUUCUUUUAUUAUUUGUUAUUAACCACUUCAGUGAUCUUUCAUGACAAAAAAAAAAAAAGACCAUUUAAAUGAAGUAGAGAAAAACAUGUAUUCAACACUUUGGGCUCGCAGACAAACUUUACUACUAAAAAUUAAUCUCAUGAAACACCGGUCUAUUAUCAGCCUUUUCACAGAGAAAUUAGCUUUACUAUACCCUACCUAUUUAUUUAUUUAUUAUUCUACCAUAGCAGAAUAACAUGAACUAAUGAAUUUGAUUCAUUAAUCCAGUUCUUUGCAAUUGAAAAUUAGCUUUUUCUCCUCGCCUUUCACUCUCCAUGUAUAUAUGGUCACUGUUUCCAUUAAAGGGAAGCUGAACAUACAAAUACAUUAUGUUACGUUUUUUCCCAUUUUAUAUGUCUAUAUAUCUGAGUAUGGAGGAUAAAGAAUUUAAAGUAGUGUUCCUAUGGCAUUGAUGUCUUCGUGAGAAAGGUAAAUGUAGUGAGAGAGAUUUUUUUGAUGGCAUUAAUAUGAAGGCCCUUCUGUAAUAUGUAUAUUAUUUUGUAAACAUUUACGUCGAAGGGCCAGAAGUUAAAUUAUAACUAAAUCACUGUGUGUUCAGAAUGAUAUUUAACAUUUAACAACAACAAAUCCACGGUCAAACCAAAAUAGUGGGUUGAGUGUAUUUUUCAUCUUUUAGUGCAUUGGCAAUUACGAAAAAUGGAAAAGGGAUUUAAUAUAAGGCUAUAAAAAUAAAUUGAUUGUCUAACGUUUUAUUUAUUAAAUAGUUAUGACUUGUGAUGACUUCCUAGUCUUAACAUUUUAUGUCUUUUUAUUGUAAUAUUCUUAUUUCCAACGCUUGUUUCUUAGUAGGUUCACUGAAUGCACAGUUGAGACACUUCAUGUGACUCAGUUCCCAAGUAGCAUUCAUAUUGGGCCUGGGUCAUUAAAAAAAAAUGCAUGGAGUUUAAUAACUAAAUGUCCCCGACACUUUUCACUACAGGGCUGGACUUAUUAACUGACCAACUCGGGGGUGGGGGGUGGUUGGGGGGGCAUUAGGACGUGAUCAAAAAAAUGUCUCCGCUCAGGGAUUUAUGGUGGAUUAUUGCAGACAGUGCUAAAAAUAUAGAGCACAAGACAAGUUUACUAAAUUGAAAUUUUAUUUUUUGAGAAACUGUUAUUUGUAUAAAUUAUCAAGAUUUGUAGGCUUUCCUUUUGUAGAAAUGAUUGUUUUAUGUGCCAGAGAAUUUCAAUUUUGUUUUCAACAAUAAAGCAUUGAUAACAAA